UCUCCGUCUUGUUAUAUUCCGGCCCUGCCCACACGCAACGAGUGUCUAAUUAGUUCGAUAGCCCAACUUCAUUUUAAAAAGGUCCAUUCAGCAAAAUGAUCAAACUGAGGAGCGUCGUUUGACACACGCGCAUAACUCUUUGGAAAAAAUAUUUCUAAAGACACGUUUUAAUAAUAAUAAUAAAAAAAAAAAAAAAUUGUGAAAUGUAAAUUUCAAAUGUGAUUUAAUAUUUAAAAAAUAUUUAGAGAAAGAGUGAAUAUAUUUUAUCUUUAGUGAUUAAUAUUAUUAAUAUAAUUAAUAUUAAUAUUAGUUUUUAUACUUAAUAAUAAUUUAAGUCUACAGUUCCAAUAUUAUAGAUCUUUCAUCUUUGAGAAAAAUGAAAGUGCUUUUAUUUCUCACUUGCGUCAUUUUAUAUUUAAUGUUGCAAACACUUUCAACAGCAAAGGGAGGAUGUUGCCAGUGCAAUUUCAAUGACACUGCAUACAUGGAAGAAGCUUGCGAGCAUAUCACUCCAUUUAUGACCUUGGUGCAAUCAUUAAUUAUGUCAAGAUGUGAUAUUUCAGAGGCAUGUAAACGCGUUGGUUCUGAUCAAGUACCCGAAGAUGAAUGGUUUGAUUUCAUAAUUGUCGGCGCUGGAGUAGCAGGUCCUAUUUUAGCAAGAAGACUCAGUGAUCAUGCUCCAUGGAGGGUGUUAUUAGUGGAGGCAGGUCCAGAGGAGCCCUCUUUAACUGCAGUACCAGGUUUAGCUUUCAAUACAAUAAACACUUCUCUCGAUUGGAAAUACAUGACGGAACCUACGCAACCAUAUCCAACAGCCUGUUUGGAAAACAAUGGAAAAUGCGCAUGGCCAAGGGGUAAAAUGGUGUCAGGAACAGGUGGAAUGAAUGGAAUGAUGUACGUUCGUGGACAUCCAGAAAUUUACAAUAAAUGGUCACGCGCUGGAAAUCCAGGUUGGUCAUAUGAAGAAAUAGAACAUUAUUUUGAACGUGCUGAGAAUCCAGUGAAUAUAAAAUUAGUACAAGAUGAAAUUUUCAAAAAAACACAAACUGGCGGUCCAAUAAAUAUUGAUCUCUUCUCGCAUAAACCUGAAUUUUCCAAUGAACUAUUGAGAGCGGCAAGAGAAUUAGGCUACGAAACCGAAAGACUGAGAGCAUAUAAUCAAACUGGUUUUAUUGUUGCACCAAUGAUGACUGCCGGUGGUCUACGGGGAACGACGUCAAAGUUUUAUCUAAGACCAGUUGCUGAUAGGCCUAAUCUUCGUGUUUUGACAAAUGCACAUGUCAGCAGAAUAUUAUUGAAUAAAUGGGAUAUGCAAGUGAAUGGCAUUGAAUUAAUUGAUAAAGAGGGCAAAAAACGAAUAAUGAAGGCGGAUAAGGAAAUUAUUUUGACAGCUGGCGCAAUUGGUUCACCACAAUUGUUAAUGUUGUCGGGUAUUGGUCCAAAGGAUGAACUUGAAAAAUUGGGUAUUACUGUUUAUCGAGAUUUGCCAGUGGGGAAAAUUUUACUUAAUCACGUGUCAGUGGGUAUUCCCAUGAGUAUUAAGGAUGAUCAUUAUGAGACAAUGACAAUAGAGGCUGUCAAUCAGUAUAUUGAAAAUAGAACUGGACCAUUGUCAAGUACGGGACUUACGCAAGUCACUGCUUUUAUGGAGAGUUCUUAUGCUACAUCUGGAAUGUCAGAUUUGCAGGUAUUUUUUGAUGGUUUUAGUUCGGGCUGUCCGGAAACUGGACACAAAUUUGAAUGUCCCGAUGGUAGAAUUGGUAGUUGUCCAAAUAGAAGAGAAAUAGUGGCUCGACCAACGGUUGUCAUUACUAAAAGUCGAGGAUAUCUACAACUAAGAUCUAAAAAUCCUCUCGAUUAUCCACUUAUUUAUCCUAAUUAUUUUACCGAUGAAACCGAUAUUAAAAUUCUCAUUGAAGGUGUGAGAAAAGUCAUUAAAUUAAUUAGUACGAAAUCUAUGAGAAAAUGGGGAUUAAGACUGGAGAAAGAACCAAAUAAACUUUGUUCAAGAUACCACUUUAAUACGGACGCUUAUUGGGAAUGUAUAAUUCGUGUGAAAACUGGUCCAGAAAAUCAUCAAUCGGGAACUUGUAAAAUGGGAUCGGCAAGUGACCCAGAAUCUGUGGUAAAUUCACAGCUUCAAGUUCAUGGAAUAUUAAAUCUUAGAGUGGCUGAUGCCUCAAUAUUUCCAAUUUUACCAAAUGCUAAUCCAAUAGCGCCUAUUGUUAUGGUUGCAGAAAAAGCUGCCGAUUUAAUUCGAUACACAUGGUCAAGAAGUGGUAAACGAAAAAAAUAAUUAUAGUGUAUUACAUAGGAAAUUAUAUAUAAUUAUUGUUUUUCAUACACUUUUUUUUUAGUAUAAUUUAUAUAAUAAAUUUUUAUAAUAAAAAUUCGUUUGAAAAAUA